AUGGAUACAAAAAUUCGAAAACUUUCACCAGUACAUGCUACUCACUUAUCAACAAUUCAACCAACAGUUUCUACUCCAUUACAGCAGAUUCAACAAGGCAAUUUAGUUUUAUUUGAAACAACUUCAAAUGGUCUCUUAGGAUUAUCUUUAUCUAGUGUAAAAUCAAUUCGAGGUACAUCACUUAAGACAACAUAUCAACGUAAAGUCUUCAAAAAUUGUUUAUCAAUUGAAUAUAAAAAUGAAUCAGGAUUAAAUGAUACAGGUCUAAUGAAAUAUCUUACAUUUGGUAUUACAUGGGCACCCUCAUACAAUUUGGUACUUUUAUCAUCAGAAGAUUCUUCUAUAAAACGACUUCGUCUUUCAUCAAAAGCUGUUAUUCUAAAUGAUAUUGAAAAUAUGAAUGUUGAUAAUUUAUUUUGUAUUGUUGGAUUUCCAAAUAUAUCAAAAUUUGCUUCAGUUAUUGAUCCUAUAAUUAGUGGAGAAGAUGUUAAAGCAUUUCUUGAUCGAUUAAAACAAUGUGAAAUUGAAAGUUCAAGAUCACAUUAUUAUAACAAUGCAAAUGUUACAUCAAAUUCCGUAAUGAUGCAACCAAUGGUUAUGCCAAUAUCAUCACGUGAUAAUAAUGGUCCUAGUGAUAGUCAACAAGAUGCAAAUGUUGAUGAUCUUCAUUUAUAUGAAUUUAAAAAUGUUUUAUUACAAAAAAAAGAACGUCUUAUGUUACCAAUAUUCGAUAUUGAAAUACCUUAUAAAGAUGUUUAUCAUUGUAAAAUUGAUGGAUCACAAUCAGAAAAUAACUAUAACGGAUACGAUGAAAAAAAAGAGUUUGAAGAAAUUUGGCAUAGUGUUGAAUUUGAAAAUAUAUCUAAUUUUGUUUGGACAACAGCACCAAUUGUUAUUACAAAAGGUCAAUUAGAACAACAAUUUAUUGGUCAAGAUAAAUUAACAUAUACAUUGAAAGGAUCAACAACUUUUGUUAAUUUAACCAAAGCUCUUGAUGUUCGAGUACAAUUAGAUGAAAAAGUAUCAACUACUACAAAUUCACCACGAUUUACUCUUUUUCGUGUUCAUUAUCAAACAGAUCAAAUUGAUGGAAAAAUAUUAGUAAUGAAUUAUAAAUCAGAAGAAGUAGUUGUUGUUAUUACAGCAACAUUAAUAGGAAAAAUUAGUAAUUAUUCUAUAGCACCAAAAAAAGAUGCAGUUAAAGCUGAUAACAAUGUUGCUAAUCAACGACAUGAUAUACGAUGGGAAGUUAAUGUUAAACCGAAACAAACACUCGAAAUAAAAUAUGUUAGAUCAUAUAAUAAAAGAGUAUGA